AAUGUUAAAACGUUUCAUCAUCAGCUUGGAAAGGGCAACCUUUGAAGGGGAACUUGAUGUAAUUCAAUAACUUUGACUCUUCGUAAAGUGAGUAAGCACAAUGAUUCCUAACAACAAAUAAACUCUUAUUUUCCCCCUGUUUAUUUUUCACGCGGUCGAACAAUUUGUUCUGUAUGGUUUGAUGGGGAGGAAGCGGUAGCUUCCUGCUACUCUUCCCUGCCAGAGAGGAAAAGAAAGAGGCUGUAGAGAUUCUUCAUCAACAACGGACGCGUUGGACACGUAAAGAGAGAUGUCUAAGGAAGAAACAGCUGCGUCGACUUGGAAGAUGAAGACGGCGUUGAGUGAAAACAUGCUGUUUGGGAUGGGAAAUCCCUUGUUGGACAUCUCAGCUGUGGUGGACAAAAAUUUCCUUGACAAGUUUGGACUGAAACCAAACGACCAGAUCUUGGCUGAAGACAAACACAAAGCCUUGUUUGAAGAAAUUGUCAAGAGAAACAAAGUUGAAUACCAUGCCGGUGGCUCUACCCAGAACUCAGUGAAAAUCGCUCAGUGGAUGCUCCAGAAACCGCAUAAGGUGGCUACCUUCUUUGGGUGCAUCGGGAAGGAUGACUUCGGCAAGAUCCUGAAGAAGAAGGCGGAAGAAGCUCAUGUCGAUGCCCAUUACUAUGAGCAGACUGAGGAGCCGACUGGUACCUGUGCAGCUUGCAUCACUGGAGACAAUAGGUCCCUUGUUGCUAACCUGGCAGCGGCAAACUGCUACAAAAAGGAAAAACACCUGGACUUGGACAGCAACUGGGAGCUGGUGGAGAAAGCCAAGGUCUAUUAUAUUGCGGGGUUUUUCCUGACCGUUUCUCCAGAGUCGAUCCUUAAGGUGGCAAAGCAUGCUUCAGAAAACAACAAAAUCUUCUGCAUGAAUCUCUCCGCACCAUUCAUCAGCCAAUUCUUUAAAGAACCCUUGAUGAAGGUGAUGCCAUAUGUUGACAUCUUGUUUGGCAACGAAACGGAAGCGGCCACAUUUGCCAAAGAGCUGGGCUUUGAGACGGAUGACAUUGCAGUGAUCGCGAACAAGACCCAAAACCUCCCCAAGGAGAACGCAAAGAGGCAGCGAUUGGUGGUCUUCACCCAGGGCAAGGACGACACCGUUGCAACUGUUGAGCAUAAAAGAAGUGUGGGGGAUGCAGAGAGCAGCCAUUGAUUUGUGAAGUACUUCUAACUUUGCCUUGAAUACACUCCAGGCUGGUCCUUGGCAAUUUUUAAUGCUUCAACUCUAACAUCCUGCCCUCUUUUUCUCUCUUUCCUGUGCCAAAUGCUUGCAGAGUGACCUUUGGAAGAAGUGGACAGAGCUUGUUCACUAAAGUCAAUCCAUUUCCUCUUAAUACAGGAUAUAUUUGGGACCAGAACAGUGACGAUAUUAAGUUAACUUAUAUACUUAUAAACCAAUAAGCCUCAUGAGCCACCAAAAUCAAUAAUAAAUCCUACUCUUCCAGGAAGUUAUGUUUACUACACACUAGAAGAAGAAACCAAAGAUUUCUUUAUAUUUCUCAGGGUUUUAAGUUUAUAGAAUCAGUGUGAAUCUCAAUAAACACCCCUUUAAAAUGGAAACAUUGACAAGAGAGAAACAAGAAUUACAUUUAAUAUUAAUAAAAUUAAGAUCUUACAUUGAAUGCUAACUGUGAUUGCAGUUUUGGGCAGUGGGAAAAGCAGUGGUAGUUUCAGAUAAUAACUGCGAGCCUUUGCCUUUGUUUGGAGCCACAGGGUGUCUCUCCUCUUUGCCCUUGUGGUUCAGUUCAUUUUAGCAGAGCAUGGAGAGAGCUGGCCUGUAGGUAACAUAUCAAUCAUCACUGGGGCCCACAGAAGGGUACAGUUACAAGAGAAAUACAAGUGAUUCAAAACCGCGUCUUCUGAUGGGUCCAGAAUUUUCAAAUUAAGAUUAUUAGAAUAUACAUUUAAAUAGUGAUCAGUUUCACUGUGUUUGUUUUACAUCUAGUUGCUGUCAGUGUUAUUACAUAGUGAUGCAUCAAGCAAUCAAACUGAUCUAAAAUGCAUGUUUUUUUAUUUACUUUUCUUCAGUUUAGUCUAAAUCAGAAAAUAGAAAGCGUAAAAUGGGAAUAAACUCCUACUUCAGUUAAAUAGCCUGUAAUUCAGUACUGUGGUAAAUGUUGAUCUUUUUUUGUUGUUGUCUGGAAACAAAACUGGAACACAUAGGGAAUCAGCCAGUAAAAGCUUGAUGGAUGCCUGUCUUUUUGGUACAUGGGACACCAUAUCAGAAAAGCCUGUAACAUUGUUGGCAAAUGUCAUGCAUGGCAUUUGUUUAAUUGGCUAUUAAUUCUUGCAGUCCAAGCAGUUCUUUGCUAUAUUAAUGUUGUGGAUGCUGAUAUUUUGAUGAUGAUAAAUUUGCAGUUUGCUAUGCAAAUCUUCUAAAAAUAUUCCCCUUGACCUAUUUUCCCUUUUAAGCAGUAUUUGUUUUUACAGCCGCAGAAGGUAAAUAUGAAAUACAUCUAUGAUACUGUGUGCUGUUGAUCAACGGAUUGACAGUUUCUUUCAAGGAUAAAAAAGGUCAAGGAAUAGUGAAUUGUAAGGAUUUCCUACACGUGGCAUUCCAGAAUAGAUUUUGCCUUUUGCUGAAGUGUAAGCUCAGGCAUCAUGGUUGCUUCUAUUUUAUAUUCCUGUGCGCUAAAUUCAUAUUUAAGCUGAAAUUGUGACAUAACCCUUAGAAAAAAUAUCAUGCUUUCAUGGUAUUUACAAAACAAUUUUUAAAAAUUUAAAAAGCUACAUGUUGACAUUGUAUAUAAUACAUACUGUAUUUUGAUACAUAGACUGUGGGCACAAACAUUACAUAAACACCUGCUAUUAUUUUUAUAUAAAUAUAGUUUUAAAAGUACCCGUGCUUUUUCUAAAAACCCUUCUUGCCAUUCUACUCCUUUUAUAGUCAAACUAGUACAUCUAGCUGAGAUUAAAUGGAAGUUAUUUAGUACUUUUAAAACUGUGUUUUUAUUCAUUAAGACUAAUAAGUGCUGCUCCUUUAGUUUUCACAACAGUUUUUGCAUUUUGUUUGGCAGACAAAUUUGUAGUUCUUCUUUGCAAGCGAGGGAAAUGUAUGUGUAUUAACCUUCUUUCAGCCAGCUGCUCAGCAACAUGUGGGGGACGGGCAGCUUUAUGUUGCUCAAGAAAACUACUUAAGUUAUUUUUCUUAGGACUGUGAACCAUAGAAAAAUAUAAUUUACAGUUUUAGCGGUUUUAAACCAGAAGCUGAAUUGCACACAAAUAUAUAUUUGUUGUAAACAUUUUAUAUGAAAUGUAAAAUGCAUACAUAUGAAAAUGUUGUUUUGUGCAGACUUAAAGCACAAUACAUUGAGGCUAAAUAUUUUUUUUGCUAUAUAUAUCUUCUGAACACUAAAGUUUUGCUGUACCCGCUGUAAUGAGUUCUCAUGUUAUCAGCUUGAGAAAAAAAAAUUCCUCUACACCUGGGAGUCUCUGUGUUGUCUUUUAGCUGAAGAUGCUGCAUCUUUGGCCCAACUCAAAAUGCUGUGGCAAGCAAUCAGGACUUUUCUUUGCUGUGCUGUAAAAACAAAACCAAGCAGGAGUACUCUUGUUUGUACACACAACUUUUCUGCCAUGAAAUCAUGUUUACGGCUGGCUGCAAUGUCUUUUAAAUCAUGUAUUAAAAAGACAUGUCUAGCCUCUUCA